AGAAGACUCGGAAGCAGUCUCCUCCUGCACAAAAAGCAAAAGUGUUUCCAAAUGACGGAGCUUAACAAUUUUUGUACGAUAUGGAGAAUUUUGAUUUGGUGGAAACUUUACAAAAAACUUCACCUUCUGUAGACCCUGAUAUCAAAAGAACUCCCUGUUCUCUCGGGUUGAGCUUACAUGCUAGUAGAAGUAGUCCCCACCUUAGUACAAAUGGGGUAUCCUCUUUCUCAGGGAAGACCGGGCCACCUGUCACUCAAGGCACAGUCGAAGUCCUCACUGCGUUAACACAAGAGCUACAGAACAGUGGCCGGCCUGACUCAGAGCUUUGGAAGACUUGUGAGGCCAGGUGGUUGCAGCUGUUCAGUGUGGUUGAGCGGCAGUGCCAGGAGCAGAUUGUCGCCCAGCAGGAGCAGUUCCACAGGCAGAUCCAGAGAAUACAGGAAGAGAUAAGGAGGUUAGUGAGGCUGCAGAUGAGCAGUGCUUCCUGGCCUUCCUGCAGCGGCAGUUCUGUGAGCCAACAGGUGUCCUCAGAAAGCCAAAUGGGCUUCUUUUCUGAAAACAGCGAGAGAAAUGAGUCUUUCAUCAGUUACCCAGAGUCUAAGGAGCCCGAGACACAGCCAGACGUGUCCACGUCCCACCCAGACUGCAAUGUGGACAGCAGCUCAGUGAGUAGUGGCUACGGCACCUUCUGCAUCCUGGAGAUGAACGCCCACAAGGUUAAGGAGCCCACGGCACCCAUUGAGCCCGAGGUGGCUUCCCAGGGGCAGCGUGCAGUCCCUGGGGUGCAGGCACAUGCCCCUGCAGGUGGCGCAGCAGCCAUAAACUUUUUUGCACAGACCCCUGAAGAGCUUUGUGCAUCUCUAAAGGAAGACAUCUCCACUUUUCCUGGUGAAUUUGAACAUAAUUUUCUUGGUGAAAACAAGAUUUCUGAAGUAUACAGUGGAAAAGCAAAUAGUACUAAGUCUAUAACAUCAUGGGCACAAAAGCUGAAGCAGAACCAGCUGAAGCACGCACAUUCAGAAGAUGGCUGCUCAAGACCCAAGCCAGGGGGCGAGCCACACCAGAAGCCUGCAGCUGAAACACCUGCCCUUGCUGCCGAAGCCGCACAUCCUCGUGCCUUUUACCUCAACAAACCAACGGAAAGCCCAAGUUCUUUGAUGUCAGAUACAGGGACAGGGCUGACUUACUGGAAGCUGGAGGAGAAGGACAUGUAUCACUCUUUACCUGACACUUUGGAGAAUACGUUUGUACCAUCCCCCCCAGAGAGGCCACUGAGCCAGGUCCUGACUCUCGAUCCAGCCAUACACGUGAAGCCAAAGGAGCCGCUGUCAGGGAUUCGGCCCCAUGGCUUUUUGAAUGCUCUGGAUGACAGAAUAUCCUUUUCACCAGACUCCGUUCUGGAACCAAGCCUGUCUAGUCACUCUGACAUUGACUCUUUUUCACAAGCAAGUCACAACGCUUCUCAGGUAUCUGGGUUCCCCAAGUACCCUUCAACUACGAAAGCAUCACCUGUGGACGCUUGGAAAAACCAUGCAUUCCAAAGUGAAAGUAGGACCAGUUCCAUGAUCCCUUCUCUCUACACCAUCACUAGCAACGAUAUUUCAGUCAAAACUGUAGACGAAGAAAACACUGUCACAGUGGCUUCUGCCUCAGUCAGUCAGUCCCAGCUUCCAGGUACAGCCAACAGUGUCCCAGAAUGCAUUUCAUUGGCUUCCCUGGAAGAUCCUGUGAUGUUGUCUAAAAUCAGGCAGAACCUCAAGGAAAAGCACGCGCGGCAUGUAGCGGACCUUCGAGCUUAUUAUGAAUCUGAGAUAAAUAGUUUGAAACAGAAACUGGAGGCAAAAGACAUUUCUGCCGUUGAAGAGUGGAAGAAGAAAAAUGAAAUUCUUGUAGACAGAUGUGGCCAGUUGGAUAGUGCAUUGAAUGAAGCUACUAGCCGAGUGCGAACACUUGAGAAUAAGAAUAAUUUGCUAGAAAUAGAAGUGAGUGAUUUGAGAGAACGCUUCAAUGCAGCCAGCAGCGCCUCCAAAAUUUUGCAGGAACGAAUUGAAGAAAUGAGAACAAGCAAUAAAGAAAAAGAUAACACCAUCAUUAGGCUAAAAUGUCGGCUGCAGGAUCUGGAGGAAGCCUUUGAGAAUGCUUACAAGCUCUCAGAUGAUAAAGAAGCCAGGCUGAAACAAGAAAACAAAAUGUUUCAAGAUCUCUUAGGAGAGUAUGAAUCCCUUGGGAAGGAGCAUGGGCGAGUGAAGGAUACAUUAAACACGACUGAGAACAAAUUGCUUGAUGCACACACUCAGAUUUCUGAUUUGAAAAGGAUGGUCUCCAAACUGGAAGCUCAGGUGAAGCAGGUGGAGCACGAGAACAUGUUGAGUCUUCGUCACAGCACUAAAUCUCCCUCGAGGCCAUCCCAGGCCAGCACGCUAGCAACCUCAGAUGUCAGCAGGAGGAAGUGGCUGAUUCCAGGAGCAGAGUACUCCAUCUUCACCGGGCAGCCUCUGGACACCAGGGACAGGAAGCUGGAUAACCAGCUGGAGGAAACCGGGGUUCCUGGAUACCACUCUCCUCCAGAAAAGGACGCUUCCCUUGGACGGUCACCAGCAAGCUUGUUGAUUAAAAAGCAGAGGGACGCUCCAGACACGCCAAUCAUGAAAGCUCUAAAGGAGCUCAAUGAAGAAAGAAUAUUUAAAAAUUGGGGGACACAGACAGAGAAAGAGGAUACCUCAAGUAAGUUAGUGAAUCCUCGGCAAACUGAACCUUCAGCCAGUACAGGCCGUUCCCCAGAGAAAUGUGCCCAGCAGAAACCAAAGAGACAGAGUUCAGCUUCACAAAGGUCGUCGUCCCUCCCGCCCUCCAAUCGUAAAGCCAACACUCCAACAAAAAGAGAGAUUAUGUUAUCGCCCAUGACUGUGGCUUAUAGUCCUAAGCGGUCCCCUAAAGAAAACUUGUCCCCAGGAUUUAGUCAUCUACUUAGCAAAAAUGAAAGCAGUCCAAUUCGAUUUGAUAUCCUUUUGGAUGAUUUAGAUACUGUUCCUGUGUCCACAUUACAACGAACCAAUCCAAGGAAACAGCUCCAGUUUCUUCUAGACGACUCGGAAGGAAAAAAAAUUUCAGAACAAACAAGUGAUGACCCUGUUAACCAGAGUUCUUGUCCUGAACCCUUGCCAAAUGGAGUGAAGAGAGCAUCGGCAAGACAAGCCUGGGAGAAGAGUAAAUCAGUUAGCCUUGAGCAGUGUAAGCCAGUGUCAGCAGCACCACAGGGUAAUGAUUUUGAAUAUACAGCAAAAAUUAGGACCCUAGCUGAAACGGAGCGAUUUUUUGAUGAACUUACAAAAGAAAAAGACCAGAUUGAGGCAGCACUAAGCCGAAUGCCUUCUCCUGGAGGAAGAAUCACUUUACAAACUAGACUUAAUCAGGAAGCCUUGGAAGAUCGCUUGGAAAGGAUCAAUCGUGAACUGGGUUCAGUUCGAAUGACACUCAAGAAGUUUCAUAUUUUGCGAAGCUCUGCAAAUCUUUGACAUUGGUAGCCAUUAAAUUUGAGACAUUUUUAUUUGCACUAAUGUACAAUUAUGCACUUGGAAAAGGCAAGCUCUUUUGUACUGUUUAUAAGCCUUCAAACAGUAGGUUUACAAUCAUGGUAUUCUUACACUUGCUAUUUUAUACUUAAAAUGGCCACAUAUUUUCAAGAUAUUUUUGUUAUGCUCAGGAACCUCUUGUAUAUUUUACUAUUUAAAAAGCAUUAUUUUUAAAUAGCGUAAGUCUUCGAUUUCUAUCAACAAUAAGGACAUGUAAACAGGAGAGACAACCUGUUUCUAAAGAAGUAGUGUUAUCCUUUUACAAUGAACUUUGCACACCAAUUUUAUAAACUUGUUGUACAUUGUAAGUAUAAUUCAUUUUUAAAAUAAAUGCUUAACAGCUUCAUAAGGAUAGACUAACACGCUGAAUAUUUAAAAAAUUAUAGUAUAGUUUGCAUUUAGUUCUGUAGAAGUUUUUAAGAAAUGGUAACACAAUUCCUAUGUGAAAAUAUGCCUUGUAGUGAAUAUAGUAGAAUAAUUGGGCCAGAAAAAUGGCUCAGCAGGUAAAGUGCUUGCUGCCAAGCCAGUUUGAGUUCCAUUACCCACACAUUA